AGAACUUCGAACACGAUUGUCGAUUAAUUUUUCUGUAGUCCACUUUACGUGCAUUUUGCUUGGUCUUUAUAGGUUUUAAACAAAAUUAGGUGAAAGGUAGGAAAUGAAGCGACAAAGGGCUAAGUCUACCGUAAAGAAUCAACAAGUGAAAAUAUCAAAGUUUUUCCACGUCGCCACUCCCAGGAGGGAUUUGAUGAAUAAUGUGGUGACGGAGGAAAAUACUGGAAAACUUUUAAAGUCCACGAAGGUUGAUAUUCCAUUUGGUAUUAGCAUCUUACAGAAUGAACUGUGUGAUGCAAUUGCAGAAAGAAGCAAUCUAAGUGGACCUUCUAGUGGUAUACUAAAACUAAAAAAAUUUGUUCAUUCAGAGGACAUUAACUCAGAUGAAGAGACACAUGGGAAAAUAGAAAUAGAAACCUCAUCUUCACAGCUAACAGCCCCUGUACGAACCAACCAUCAUAGUAUGCUAGCAACCGUCAGCACAAGCUCGUCAAAUCAUGACAAAUGCAAUCUGAAAUUGACUCCUCUGGAACAACAAAUUGUUGCUCUAAAGCAGGAGCACCCUGAACUUCUGCUUGUGGUGGAAUGUGGCUACAAAUAUCAAAUGUUUGGAGAGGAUGCUGCAAUGGCUGGAACAAUCUUGAACAUGGUUGCUUACAAGAAAAACAAUUUUCUUAGCUGUAGUUUCCCUCUCCAUCGACUAUAUGUACAUGUCAAGAAAUUAGUCGCUCAUGGAUGCAAAGUCGGAAUCGUGCGUCAGAAAGAAACCGCCGCGUUGAAGGCGAUUGGCGAUUCAAAGCAUGCACCAUUCACAAGAAAAUUGGAUAUGAUCUAUACUAAAGCCACGUUCAUCAGUGACGAUGAUUGUGAGGGUGUCGUUGACACUCUGAAUGUAAACAUUCCGCUCUGUAUGGUUUUCCUGGCUGAAGCGUAUGGCAAAAUAGAUGGAACAGUAGCUCAAAUGGGAAUUUUAGCGUUUUUCACCCAGGAUAGUACAGUCGUUUACGAUCAUUAUCAAGACGAUUGUGUUCGAAGUGGCUUGGAAAGUACGUUGACGCAUCUCCAGCCAUCUGAGAUAGUGUUGCCCGACCGAGGUGUAUCUGAUCAAACGCUUAACUUGAUUCGUCAGUUUUCCGCUCACAAAUUGUCUUGCGGAGACUGCAUUCGAACAGAAUUUACGGCACGGGUUGAUUGGACAUGCGCCUCAGAACUGCUUUUAAAAGUUUAUUGCAAUGAUGCGGAAAUGAUGGACAAAUUGAAAGAGCUCCCCCCUGUCAUUGUGUGCUGCCUUGCAAUGGCUUACAAACACUUGAAAGAAUUCAAGUUGGAGCAGUUAAUAACCGCCAUUAAGAACGUGAGGCCCUACGAAGCUUUUCGAAACGAUGUUUUACAAAUGGAUGGAAAUUGUGUACGAAAUUUAAAUCUGGUUCCCCUGACCAACGAAGCUGGUCCCCGACUUUUGGGUUCAGUGUUUCAUGUUAUUAAUCGAACUAGGACAAAAUUUGGGGCCAGGCUGUUACGGUCAUGGCUUUUACGUCCUCUGGUUAAGCGUGCUUCCAUUGAAUCAAGACUAGAAGCAGUAGAAUGGCUUGUUACGCAUUGUGACGACCCCGAGAUAGCACCGUUCAAAAAGUUGCUUAAAACUCUUCCAGAUUUGGAAAAGCAACUAUCUGCAGUUCUUCACACAAGGUCAAAGCCGGAAGAGUUCUUUGCCCUAUGCAAAUCUUGGGAGCAAAUCAAGAUUAUGUGCACCCAACUCCAAUUCCAUUACCAGGAAAUUUCACCUUCGUUAGUGAAACUCUUGUUAGAGACGGCUAUAACUUCACUUGCAACAGUACAUCAUUAUACCGAACAAUUAAAUGAAACCGCUGUAACUUCAAAGGAAAAAACGCGAUUAUUCCAUCGUACCGAUGACUAUCCGCAAGUGGCUGUACUGAUGGAGAAGAUUGAUCAAACUGAAAGCCAACUUCAUGCAUUGAAACCGUCCAUUUGCAAAACGAUCGGUUUAUUGGCAAUGAAUUAUGUAGCCGUAUCUGGGGAUGAAUAUUUAAUUGAAGUGAAAAAUUCUUUGAUUCGAGCAGUUCCUGCAACAUGGAUAAAAAUUAGCGCGACGAAACAAUGUUGCCGAUUUCGCAGUCCUGAAGUCCAGCAGCUUUUCGGAGAGCUAUGCUGCCUCAGAGAGUUGUUAAAAAUUGCUGCGGACGAGGCGUGGCUUCGAUUUCAACGUCAAGUGGCCAACACGUCUCACACAAUUUUCAAAAAAGCUAACACAGCUAUUGCAACAGUUGAUUGCUUGAUAGCUCUUGCUGAAGUGGCCAAAUCAGAGAAUUAUACUAGACCAACGUUCGUGGAAGAAGCCGGGGUACUUGAUAUUUCAGAAGGCCGCCACGCAAUUCUUGGUCGCUUUAUGCAGCAAACUUCAUCAAGUGCUGAGUAUGUUGCAAAUGACACAAAACUGCACAGUGAAGGCGUCCGUUGCAUGAUCAUCACCGGACCAAAUAUGGGGGGAAAAUCCUGCCUGCUCCUACAAGUGGGUAUCAUAGUCGUACUGGCUCAAGUUGGUUCCUUUGUUCCAGCAACACAGGCAACUCUCAGUAUAUUCAAAUCUAUUUUUAUCCGAAUGGGGCUGCAUGACGAAAUAUAUGCAGGCAGAAGCACGUUUUUUAUGGAAAUGAUGGAAACGUCUGCCAUUCUUCAUAGUUGCACACCACGCUCGUUGGUUAUCAUCGAUGAAUUGGGUCGUGGAACAGGUACCCACGAUGGCAGUGCCAUAGCGUUCGCAACUCUCAAAUAUUUGGUGGAAGAAGUAAAAUGUCUUACGCUUUUUGUAACACACUACCCAGCAGUUGUCCAGUUACAAAAAGACAUUCCAACCAAUGUGGCCAAUUAUCAUAUGGGGUAUUUGCUGGAAGAUGCGGUUGCAGGUAACGUAGAAAAGGAUGACGGUGAUGGCGAAGAACUGGUCUUCUUGUAUACCUUGACUCUCGGGACCUGCCCUAAAAGUUUUGGUUUAAAUGUUGCUCGUCUUGCCGGUCUUCAGUCGAGCAUUACAGCUAGGGCUAAAUUGAAAUCAGAAUCGUUUUUUAGUAACGCGGAAUCUCAAAGAUGUCAGGUAGCUGAGCUGAAACAAAUCUUUCAGAUAAAUAAUUGUUAGUGAAUUUUUCAACCAUUCUUUUGUGCUUGUUUAACUCUGUUUUCCCAUCGUUGCU